AAUACAAAAUUCCCUAGAUUUUAUCAAAGUGUCAAAAAAAUUUCCAGCAUUUCCAAAAAACGCAUCCAAAAAAAUCCCCAGAGUUCAAGAAAAAAAAAACAACAUCCAUAUAAAAUAUUCGAUUACAUUGUAAAUAGUAUUUAAAAUGUUAUAAACUAAUAAAAGGAAAAACUAAUCGGGAAAACUCAACAAAACUCCAAAUAAAACAAACUAUCCGGCUUACUUUGGCUGGCCAAAGCACUGCAUGCCGUAGAUGUAAAAUUUGUAAAUCACACAAGAAGUUGGCACAUGAAUUAAAAUGGCCGCUUACAUCAAUCGCACCAUAUCGAUGAUGGGCGGAGAUGGGCCCCAUAAUAGGCCCAAUAUGACGCCAGUGCUAAGGACUAACGGCAUCGAUAAUUCUCCUUUGCAGAUUUUCGUGAAGGCAAAGAAGAAAAUCAACGAUAUUUUUGGUGAAAUCGAGGAUUAUGUUGGUGAUGCUGUUAAUUAUAUGCAUGAAGUUGAAAAAGAGGAUGACAUUGUAUCCGAAGAAAAAGUCAAACAAAUCGAAGAGUUUGUGGAUAAAGUGCACAGCAUCAGGGAAGUUCUCGCCAGAGACCACAUGAAAGUGGCAUUUUUCGGAAGAACGUCCAACGGGAAAAGUUCCGUGAUCAAUGCUAUGCUCAGGGAUAAAAUAUUACCGAGCGGAAUUGGACAUACCACCAAUUGCUUCUUACAGGUUGAAGGUUCCUCCUCUGAAGAUCCUUACUUGACCUUAGAAGGGUCAGAUGAGCAACGUGCCGUAGAGUCUGUAGGACAACUGGCGCACGCCCUAUGCAAGGAGAAACUAAGUGAAUCGCAAAUGGUGCGCGUUUAUUGGCCUAAAAAUCGGUGCCUUUUAUUGCGAGACGAUGUGGUAUUCGUGGACUCCCCUGGAGUGGACGUAACACCGAACCUAGACGAAUGGAUCGACAAACAUUGCUUGGACGCGGACGUGUUCGUUUUAGUAGCCAAUGCCGAAUCCACUUUAAUGGUCACAGAGAAGAAUUUCUUUCAUAAAGUGUCAAAGAAAUUGUCGAAGCCCAACAUAUUUAUUUUGAACAAUCGGUGGGACGCGUCCGCUUCGGAACCGGAAUUUUUAGACGAGGUACGAAGACAGCACCAAGAACGAGCCAUCGAUUUCCUAGUUAAAGAGUUGGGAGUGUGCAGCGCAAAAGAGGCGGAAGAACGGAUAUUUUUCAUAUCGGCCAAAGAGGUUUUACAAGCACGCUUGGCCGAGCAGGGGUUGACCGCGACCACUCCUUUAACCGAAGGGUUCCAGACCAGAUAUUUUGAGUUUCAGGACUUUGAGCGAAAAUUCGAGGAAUGCAUCUCCAAAUCGGCCGUAAAAACGAAAUUCGAGCAGCAUUCUCAAAGGGGCAAAUACAUUACCAGCGAAAUGAAAGAGAUCCUGGAAAGCAUUUACAAUGAAGCGGUGAAACUAAAAGAAGACAAACUAAGGCAAAGAAAAGAUCUGACGGAUAGAAUCAAUUAUACGGAGCAACAGCUGAUGAUCGUGACACAGGAAAUGAAAAAGAAAAUCCGAAAUAUGGUGGAGGACGUUGAACAGCGGGUGUCGAAAGCCCUCACGGAGGAAAUACGCCGUUUAAGUACCCUCGUGGACGAGUUCAAUUUGCCCUUUCAUCCGGAACCGUUGGUCCUGAACGUGUAUAAAAAAGAAUUGCAUUUGCACGUGGAAACCGGACUGGGGUCGAACUUGAGGGCCAGGUUAUCCACGGCUUUAGCGAUGAAUAUGGAACAAAGCCAAACGGAAAUGACACAGAAAAUGGAGGGUCUGAUCAUCGAAAAGUACCGGACGGCUAGUAAUUUAAUUAUGCCACGUAGGCAACCGUUCGAAAUCCUUUAUCGGUUGAAUUGUGAUAAUUUGUGUGCGGAUUUUCAAGAAGAUUUGGAAUUCCGAUUUUCCUACGGUAUAACAGCGCUAAUCCAACGGUUCGCCGGUAACAAGGGCAGUUUCUUGGCAUUGAAAAAUAAAAGGGAGAGCCCUAACAGUGGUUUGAUGCCCUCCACCCCCGUGGACGUGGUCGAUCACCGUUUGGCCUUCAGUCCCCCGAAUAAUUUCAGUUUGGACGAUUGGUCGUUACUAUCGAGGAUUGCGAUUAUGGGGGCCACCUCCCAGGGCACCAUGGGUUGCAUGUUGGUCGCCGGAUUUAUGUUUAAAACCGUCGGAUGGCGGAUAAUCGCCGUUACCGGUGCCCUCUACAGUUGUCUCUACCUGUACGAGCGUCUCACGUGGACGAACAAGGCGAAAGAGCGCUCGUUCAAGCGACAGUACGUGGACCACGCGACCCGCAAACUGCGCAUGAUCGUCGACCUGACCUCGGCCAAUUGUAGCCAUCAGGUGCAACAGGAGUUGAGCGGCACGUUUGCCCGAUUGUGCAGCUUGGUGGACAAGGCCACCCGCGAUAUGGACGAACAAAUGAAGGUUUUAGAGAGGGAGGUCGCGACCUUGGAGAAUGCCGGCGGAAAGGCCAAGGUUCUUCGAAACAAGGCGAACUAUUUGUCCCACGAGCUGGACAUGUUUGUGGACGCUUACCUAAAGUUACACAACAAAUAAACCUGAUAUUGAACGCGACUAAACGGUCGCUUGAUAGUUACGAUAGAUUUAUUUAUCUUUUCAAGACGUUUUCUUGAUUUUGUUCGGUUGUUUUUCAGUCAGUUUGCUGUUAGUUAUUAGGCUAUGAGGGAUAUAAAUUAAUGUCCGUUAUAGGGUGCAAAACUGAAUAAGAAAGUCAUUUUUUAAACGGGUGUUAGUCUUCAUACAUCUAUAUUAUUAUAAUGAGCAAAGGACAGUGAACUAUUUGUCAGUUAAAUUCGACUUGGACAGACGUGUGAAGAUUAACACUCUGGUUUUCAUGUGAUAGUUUACAACAAAAAUUAUAUUAUAAAUAUUCUUUAUACAGCCAACAGUAUAAACUUAAAUAUAUACAAUAUUAAUAUUAUUUAUAAAAAGUUGUUUUGUUCUUUGUUUGGCAACAUUAAACUAUUUUGUCGUUUCAA